GCCUGUGACUCACAGGCUUCCCAUGUGCUCUCAGGACCUGUUCCAGAAGCUCAAGCCCCACACCAGCCAAGGGGCUGACGUUUUGCUUGGAUACACUUUCACAUCUCUCUCUGGCUCAAUGCACAUCCCUCUGCCCCCACUACAGAAAACCCAAUAAAACUCAUGAUGAGAUUCACACUGUACCCAGUGUUCUGGAUACCUGGAUCUACCACCUACUACUUCCCAAGAAGCAUGAGACUUCUGCUGCUGUCUCUUCCUGCCCUUGCUCUUCUACCCCAAGUGAUCCCAGCCUACAGUGGUGAGAAAAAAUGCUUGAACAGAUGGGGGAACUGCAGGAAAAACUGCGAAGAUGGAGAAACGAUGCGGGACACAUGUAAAAAUCACCGAGUCUGCUGCGUUCCAGUCAGCAGGGGCAACAAGCCAAAGGCCUCGGUCAGGGUCAGCUGGACCACGGAGGAAACCACGACAAUGGAGCACGAUCUAAACUCAGAAUUCACGAAUUUACUUAGCACAGUGAUUGAUCCAGAGUACGUAGAUGUAAGAGAUGAGGGAAGAACAGCCCUGAGAGGUGGCUGGAGAGCUCUGUCUCUGGAGUCUGAGAGCUCAUGACUUCUCAGAUGUCACUCGCUUGUGUCCCAAGAGCGACAGACUAUGUUGUAUAUAUAAGGCACUGAAACACCCAUGAGCCCCACUCACUCCCCAUGAUUGUAUCAUUUUAGAUAAAG